AUGGAUAAGCCCACUAACAUCCGUAAUAUGAGCGUCAUAGCUCAUGUUGACCAUGGAAAGUCGACACUCACCGAUUCCCUGGUCUCAAAGGCUGGUAUUAUUGCCGCUAGUGAUGCCGGUGACAAGCGAUGGAUGGACACCAGGGAAGACGAGAAGGAGCGUGGUAUCACCAUAAAGUCGACAGCAGUCUCAAUGUACUUCGAGGUGGACAAAGACGAGUUAUACGCAGUCAAACAGAAAACUGAAGGCAACGGUUUCUUAAUCAAUCUAAUCGAUUCACCUGGUCAUGUCGACUUCUCGUCCGAGGUCACCGCUGCUCUCCGUGUAACUGACGGAGCUCUCGUCGUUGUCGACACUGUUGAAGGCGUUUGUACUCAAACGGAGACCGUACUUCGACAAGCCCUUACUGAGCGGAUAAAGCCCGUCGUAGUCAUCAAUAAAGUCGAUCGGGCCCUCCUCGAGCUCCAAGUUACCAAGGAAGAUUUAUACCAAUCAUUUCAACGCACCAUCGAGUCCGUUAAUGUUAUCAUCUCGACCUACAACGAGGCUGCUCUCGGAGAUGCUCAAGUUUACCCUGACAAAGGUACCGUUGCCUUUGGUGCUGGUAUCCAAGGAUGGGCCUUUACUCUUCGGCAAUUCGCUGCGCGAUAUGCGAAAAAGUUCGGCGUCGACAAGGAGAAGAUGUUGUCCAAACUUUGGGGUGACAACUUUUUUAACCCAACCACCCGCAAGUGGACCACAAAGCCUACCGAUGGAGAUGGGAAACCCCUCGAGCGUGCCUUCAACAUGUUCGUCCUUGACCCCAUCUUCAGCAUCUUCGACGCAACGAUCCAUUUGAAGACGAGUUUAAUUGAUCAAAUGCUGGAAAAGCUCGACAUCAAGUUAUCCGCGAAGGAGCGCGAGCUUGACGGUAAACCUCUGUUGAAAAGCAUUAUGCGCAAGUUCUUGCCCGCGGGCGACGCGCUCUCGGAGAUGAUAGUCAUCAACCUCCCCUCGCCUGUUACCGCCCAACGGUACCGUGUAGAGACCCUCUACGAAGGCCCCAUGGAUGACGAAUGUGCUGUGGGCAUUCGCGACUGCGACCCCAAGGGCCCUCUUAUGCUCUACGUCUCGAAAAUGGUCCCGGCAUUGGACAAAGGCCGAUUCUAUGCCUUUGGUCGUGUCUUCUCCGGUACCGUACGCGCCGGUCUCAACGUUCGCAUCCAGGGACCCAACUACGUGCCAGGUGGGAAGACAGACCUAUUCCUCAAGUCUAUUCAGCGCACUGUCCUCAUGAUGGGAAAAAAUGUGGAGCCCAUCGACUCUUGCCCUGCUGGUAACAUCGUCGGUCUCGUCGGCAUUGACCAAUUCUUGUUGAAGAGUGGUACCAUCACUACCUCGGAGGCCGCUCACAAUUUGAAGGUGAUGAAGUUCUCGGUGUCGCCCGUGGUGCAGGUCGCCGUCGAAGUUAAGAAUGCAAUAGACCUUCCCAAAUUGGUCGAGGGUCUUAAACGGCUUUCGAAAUCGGAUCCUUGCGUACAAGCCUGGAUAUCCGAAACUGGUGAACAUAUCGUCGCUGGUGCCGGCGAAUUGCAUUUGGAGAUCUGUCUGAAGGAUUUGGAGGAAGACCACGCCGGCGUGCCCCUUAAGGUUUCUGCUCCAAUCGUCCCGUACCGCGAGACGGUAAAGACAGAAUCUUCCAUUGUCGCUCUUUCCAAAUCGCAGAACAAGCACAAUCGCAUCUACAUGAAGGCCAUGCCCCUUGGUGAGGAACUAACGAACGCUAUUGAAGAAGGCAAAGUCAAUCCUCGAGAUGACUUCAAGGCCCGCGCUCGCAUCCUCGCCGAUGAGUACGGUUGGGACGUCACUGAUGCUCGCAAGAUCUGGUGCUUCGGCCCGGCAACCACAGGUCCCAACUUACUCGUGGAUGUUACGAAGGGCGUGCAGUAUCUCAACGAGAUCAAGGACUCGUGUAUUGCGGGUCUUCAGUGGGCUACUAAGGACGGUGUCUGCUGCGAGGAAAGCAUGCGCGGAGUUCGGUUCAAUAUUAUGGACGUUACGCUCCAUGCCGAUGCUAUCCAUCGUGGCGGAGGACAAAUCAUGCCUACCUUCCGACGUGUCUGCUACGCUGCUUGCUUGCUCGCUAACCCCGGUCUACAAGAACCUAUCUACAUGGUGGAAAUUCAAUGCCCCGAGGCCGCCAUUGGCGGCGUCUACAGUUGCUUGAGUAAACGCCGUGGACAGGUGUUCAGCGAAGAACAGCGCGCUGGGACACCUAUGUUCACCGUCAAGGCAUAUCUCCCUGUGGCAGAAUCAUUUGGCUUCAACGGAGAGCUUCGUUCACACACUGCAGGACAGGCAUUCGCUCAGAACGUCUUGGAUCACUGGGAAGUCAUGUCUGAAUCUCCACUCGACAAGGGCAGUCGCGUCGAGGAGAUCGUAACCAAGAUUCGAGUUCGCAAGGGCCUCAAGCCGGAGAUUCCCUCCCUCGAUACCUACUACGACAAGCUCUAG